AUGCGCGAGUAUGGAUGCGGCAAUUCUGGCCUACCUGGUAUGUUAUAAUUUUCACUACUCAGUCAUAACUUUUUUCUUUUACAGAUCUGAGCCGCACUGCCACACCAAGUCCUCGGUCUUACCCAACGGACCAAACAGUUCCUCAUCAUCGCUGUUCGUUUAUUGCGACAAAAGCCUGACAAUUUUAUUUUUACAGGUUCUCCUUCCACCUCCCGACAAUCUAUGACCUGGUUCGUACGUUGUUUUGUUGUUGCUCGUUGCUGUUUUUUUCAAAUAAUAAAAACAUACCUCUAGAAGACAGACGUUUGUCAUAUUUUCAAACUCUUGCUCGAAGACGGUCAUGGCUUUUGCCAAGAUGAAAACAUCGUUGUAGCAAUAGUUGAACAACUCGUUUUGAAAGUUAAACACUUUUCCGGCGGCUCUUUCAGUAUUAAGGAACUCGACGAGUCGACUACGGCGGAAUGGUCGAAAUGCCGUCGGUGAACGCGAACGAGACGGCGAUGCACAUGGCCGCCCGGAGCGGAAAUCAGGCGGUCCUGCUGGCCAUGGUGAACAAGAUCGGUGCGGGCGCCGUGCAGAUUGUGCAGAACAAGCAGAGCAAGAACGGAUGGUCGCCGCUGUUGGAGGCGUGCGCCCGCGGACACACCGGAGUCGCCAACAUCCUUUUGAAGGUGAGUUGA